AUGGAGCUCACACGAGUCACGGUGGUCGGCUGGCACCUGAGGCCCAUCUACGAGAAGCUCGCAAAGCCGCGGGGACAGAUUCUGGACUACAACACGCGGUUCAGCGGCCUGACAGAAGAGGACAUGGUGGGCGUGAAGACAAAUCUAAGGGAUGUCCAGGCUGCCCUGCUGGCCCGUUUUUCGGCCGACACAAUCUUCUUGGGCCACAGUCUCGACUCGGACUUGCGCGCCCUGCUGCUGAUUCACGAGACCAUCGUCGACACGGCCGCCGUGUUCCCCCACCGAUGGGGACUCUCUUACAAACGAGCCCUGCGUACCCUCAUGGCCGAACACCUCAGCAAGAUCAACCAGAAUGGAGGUGAUUGA